GUUGAAUAUCAGUGCGAGUUCUACUAAGUUUGGCGGCGGUCAACUGAUCGUUUUGCUGCUGAUUCUGCUCCGUCUUGAAACAACUAGCUUACACGUUCCAAUAUCUAAGUCGAUCUUUCUGAAGAAGUAUUAAAGUUUUUACGGGAAUAUGUUGUGUGAAAUUGAGAUGAAAUAAGAGUAAUCAAUAAAGAUAUGGUGGUAGUUUAAGUGGCCAAAGUAAAGGGAAUAUCUGUUCAGUGAUUAUUACAUUUGUUUCUGUAACACUGAAGUGUGUGGAAAACAAACAUAAGGAAUAUUAUUGGCUAGAAUAAGUGCUGGACUCUACAUUGUACAAUGAAUACAAACUAUCCAUCCACAAACAGCCAGUUUUCUUCACAAUCAGAUGAUUUGAAUGGAAAUCUAGAUAGAUACUACAAAGAAGAAUUGCCUGAUGUCCUAGGAGCUGUAAGACGGAAAGCACGCAAUGGCUGCGGGAAAAAGUUGCUUUUUGAACGGUUGCCCAUAUUAAAAUGGAUGCCGGAGUAUCGCCUCAGCUAUUUGCCACAGGAUUUUCUUGCAGGAUUAACUGUGGGAUUAACAGCUAUUCCACAAGGAAUAGCGUAUGCGGUAGUAGGUGGACUAAGACCACAAUAUGGCCUCUAUUCUGAUUUUAUGGGGAGCUUUGUGUACAUUUUAUUCGGCACUUGUAAAGAUAUUACUAUAGGACCAACCGCUAUCAUGGCGCUCAUGGUGCAGAAACAUACGGAGUAUAGUCCCGACUUUGCUGUUCUUAUGACUUUCUUGGCGGGCUGUAUAAUUUUGUUGUUGGGUUUGUUGAAUUUAGGAUUUCUAGUUCAAUUUAUAUCAGCCCCCGUGAUUGCUGGUUUCACAUCUGCUGCUGCCUUGACGAUAGGCAGUGCACAAGUUAACAAUUUAUUCGGACUCGCGAGUAAAUCGAAUGAAUUUAUUGAUGCGUGGGAAAAUUUCUUUACCAAUCUUGGAAGCAUACGGCUAUGGGAUUCCCUUUUAGGGGUGUUAACUUUAGUAUUUUUACUGGUAUUAAGGAAAUUCAAAGAUCUGAAAGGUCGUUGGGCAAAUUUUGGAAAAUACCUUUCACUUUCUCGUAACGCGUUGGCAGUAAUAAUUGGAACGCUGCUGGCUUAUAUCUUAAGAGAUAGUCAGCCUUUUCGAUUAACUGGCCAAAUGGAUCCCGGACUUCCGCCGUUUCAACCACCGCCUUUUUCAACAACUGUAGACGGCAGUCCUAUAGAUUUUAUCGGUAUGGUGACGCGCCUUAGUACCACAAUAAUUGCGCUGCCGAUAGUUUCGAUUCUAGAAAGUGUCGCUAUAACAAAGGCAUUUUCGAAAGGUAAAAUCGUCGCUGCAUCACAAGAGAUGGUCGCCUUAGGAAUGUGCAAUCUUUUUGGGUCCUUUGUGUCAUCGAUGCCUAUCACAGCCUCAUUUACAAGGACAGCAAUCAAUAAUGCGAGCGGCGCGAGGACCACAUUAGGUGGCAUAGUAACUGGCGUGUUGGUACUUUUGACCUUAGGCUUUUUAACUGACGCCUUUUAUUACAUUCCGAAAGCUACACUGGCGGCAAUUAUCAUUUCAGCUAUGAUUUUCCUAUUCCACUAUGAGAAACCUAUAGAGAUUUGGAAAGCAAAAAAAAUAGACCUUUUGCCGUAUUUAAUUACAGUACUUAUCAGUGUCUUCUUGGGACUCGAAAUCGGAAUUGGUUGCGGCAUUGUUUUGAACUUGGCAUUUAUUUUAUAUGAAACGGCAAGACCGAAAGUUCAUUUUAUAGAGGAGAAGGUUAGUGGAUGCGAAGUAGUUAUUGUCAAACCGACUCAGGGUAUACCAUUCUCGGCGGCCGAAAACUUAAAAUAUCGCAUAGUAAAAUAUGUCACAAAUAUGGGCUCAGAUCAGAAAUAUGUAGUGAUUGAUGGAGAACUUAUCCGAUCGAUUGAUACAACUACUGCUUGGAAUAUUGUCUCAAUGUGUGAAGACCUACGACUGCUCAAAGCAGAAAUUAUAUUCUGGAAUUGGGAGAAAAAUACGGCCGGUGUUAUAUACCGCCUAUCACAUAGUAUUGGCAACCAUUUAAAAUCCGGAACGAACAUAUUAGAGUAUAUUAGAAAGGAUAUACAAAAUAAGGUAGCAACUACAGAUACAGAAUCUUUACCGUGAUGACCCUACACAACUGUGAAUUUAAGAAUUAAUAAGGAGAUUAAAGCAGAAUAUAAUAUUCAAUAUUUCUCAUCAAAUUGAAAUAAAUAUUUAAAAA